GUAUGCUAACAAAACGGACAUCUUAACUUCAAUUGUAAGUAUUACGGUGGCGAUUUGUUCACCAGUUCGACUUUUAUUGGCCAGAUAACAAACGAAAAUGUCAACUGACAAAAGCCAUAGUGCUUAAAAGGUUAGCUGUACUUUAUAGCCGGUAACUGAGUGUACAACUUUGCUUUAGCUAGCUUGCUAACUAUUUCUAAAUAGGGUUAGGGUUAGUAUAUAAAUACAAAAGCACAUAUUCGUUUAGUUUCUGUUCAGUUUUCAGCCUAAGUACAGUUCACCUAGAAUUAAUUCAUCAGAAUUUAUUUAAGAAGAUCAGUGUUUACAGAUGUUUAAUAUAGAAACUUUCUCCUUAACGCUCCUAUUAGUGUCUGGUUUAGUGCAUUUUGCAAAGAGCACAGUCGCCAUUUAGUAAUUACAUAAUAACAUGCUGUUUUUCGAUUUUUAUUCAAUAUGAACAGAUGGAAACUUUCAGUGGUUGUUUAUGCUUACAUAUGGGUCAGUGCAUACUACAUCGUUCAUUGUUUAUUAGCCACACCUCGUACGUUUUACAGCACAUCACGCCAAGAGUUUAAACAGUCUUAUUUAUAGUUUUACAAACUAGUGGCAAUCACUCUCUCGACGAUAUCGUGGUCUUUUACAAGGUACUAAACUAAUGCUUAACUUCGAAAAUGUCAGAGCACAAUGUAAUAUGUGGGAGCAAUCACAAUUACAUCGUUAAUCUACAUCGUUCAACCCGGACACUUAUUAAUUAACAUAAGAUGUUGAUAAGAGUAUUUUUCUGCUUGCUCAUGAAUAUACAUAGUUUAUAACUCGAGUUUUAAUGUUCACAGGUCUACCUCAUGCACAUUUUAAUUUUUUCUAGACUAAUUUUUGGUAUUAAAAGAUGAAAUUUUUGCAGCAUGUAGUGCUGCUAAAAACUUUGUGCUUUCUGCCAUUUGGUUUUCUUAGUGUGUAAUGCACACAACUUUAUAUGUCUGUUCAGGGAAAAACAUGCACAUCAAUACACAAGGUCAGAAUUUUGUUUUGCUGUAUCUUCUCUCACUCUGUUUGCCUUUUACCUAAUCCUCCUUAAUCUACACUGUGUUACUGAAUGAUUCACUAGCACAGUGUAAGGAGUGACGCAGGUUAGACAUGUUGGAUGGUGGGCAGUUUGUGGAGGCCCUGGGCCGUCUAGGUUAUCCUGGCGCGUCAUCACUGAAGGCCUCAGAAUUCGAUUGGCUGUUUGACUGUGCCCCAGAGAACCUACACUUCUUGCGCUUUUUCUGUCGGACCCUCAACCGGAGCAAUGUCAUCACCACGGAAGAGGCGCGUGCUUUUAAGGAGCUACAGAAGUCUGGCAAGCCAGUUCUGGAUGAGACGGCCUUGGGCGAGGUCCUUAAGACUAUUGGACAUUCAAGUGGGAGCAGCACAAGCAUCUUUGGGCCCUCUUCUUCUUCGUCAUCUGUGUUUGCAGCAGACGGGGAUCUGUCCGUGGAGGAUUUGGAGGCAGAACUUCAGGCACUUCAGAAAGAAAAAGAGCUGAAGCAACGGCGCUAUAACAAGCUGCAGGUUGGGGCCACUUCGCGUGCAGAUGUUGAUCUCCGACUCACUGCAGAGAUGGAGAGCUCUGCAUGUAAGCUGAAGGAGGUCAGUGCUGCUAUUGGAGCUGAGAAUGCUGACACCAACACAUUGCUACAAGCCCUAGUGGAUGAAGUAAACAAGCUUGCUUCAUAUCUCCCAGUUCAACCAGAAGCCAAGCUAAUAGUCAAAGCAGAACCUGUGGUCCAGUCAAACACCUGUAUCACCCAAAGGUCCACUGUCCUCCUCUCUCAGAUGUCUCUGGAUCCCUACUUGCAUCAAGAGGAGCUCAACACUAAAAGACUGGCUGCCUUUACGCAAAAGCAGUUUUUCCAGGGUAUUUCAGACAUUGUUGAGACUUCUUGCUCUGAGCGCCUCCAGGUUCUUGACCUCAGUUCUUGUGAAGAUCGAGAUGAAGAGAAUAAACAUGAGGGGAGAAGGGGGGAGGAUCACGUGGUGGAGCGCAGGAGGACGGAGAUGGCCAGACUUCAGUGGUCUCAUAUUGUGGCCCAGCACCAACUGAUGCAAGCCAUGUCGGAGGAGAAGAGUAUCAAAGCUGGAUUGGACUGGCUCUCUGAAAAGUCUUUUCAUACCAAGAGCAUUUCCACCUCCUCUUCACUGCAUGUGCGUGAGGUUGUGUCCAGAAAGGAACUGCAGGCUGUGGAGGCUGAGCUGGAAGCUCUGCUUCAUGGACCAGUACCUGCUGCUCUUAGGGAGUCAGCUAGGUUGCUUAAUGUGCCGGUAGUGAGGGGAGACAUGGCUCUGCAACUAGCCAGGCAGGACUACUACACCUCCAGACAGGAUCAGGUGCGUGACUACUUACUGCGGCAGAAAGCGUCCUUUGACUUGGUCCUCCUGGCUCAGGAGAUGGAGUUGAGGAGGUGGAGGACAUGUCAGAAACAGCUGGGAAGAGUUACCAGCAGACUGAUGAAGGACAGUGAAGAGGCAUCUCUAAGGAUUGAGUCCCUGGCACACCCUGACCUGGCAAUCAACCCCAGACCCAAUCCUAUCAUCACCUGCAAGGAUGCAGCGUUCAGUAGACUGCUCCAGAUACUUGACCGUGAUUCGGACCACGGUCGAUCAGAGCCUUUUCGGACAUAUGAAGCAUUGGACCAAGCUGCUUGCGAUCUGGCCAGCAGCCUCCAGCAGAGCCGAGAUGCGCUGGCUGGUGCCUGCCGUGAGCAGUGCUACACAGCAGCUCGUCUUUCUGGUGACUGUGAGGUGCUCCGUAGGGCCAUGUACACAGAGCUCCAGCAGCUGGUUUUAGGCCCGCAGGUACGUCCAAUGGCCAUUACUGACCAGGAGCUCCUUUGCCCAAAUGCACAGGAACUGACAGUGAAGCUUCUGGAAGCACAGUCACAGCUGCAGAGUUUGCAGCAAGUAAUGCAAGAAAUCCUGGGGGAAGUUAAAGCCAAGCGGUCCCAGCUGGAGCGCAAUGCCCUCCUCAGGCUUGAAAGGGAAUUGUACAUCUAUUUUCAUUUGGAUGCUCGGCUGCUGGAGAAAGUAGUGGAAGACUUGGAGGGCAAAAUGGCUGCAAAGAGAAGAAAGUAGUACAAUGUGCCAGAGUACAUGGAGAGUGCUUAUAGUUUGCUCAGCGUCACCUUCCAAUGCCGAUCUCAUAAUAACUGCAAUCCAGCUGAAGACAUGUACUCAUUAUCUGUGCUAAUUACAAGUGUGAGCCUACCUUCAUUUUGUUUGUGUGGGAGAUUAACAUUAAUCGACUUGGAAAAAUGAGCUGAGAUGUUUAUAUAAUGAGAGUUAGUUUCAUGCCAACAUUCAUAAACUCAUCAAUUUGUCUUAUAUCUGUUUGUUCUUUCUCAUGGUGUUAUAUAAGUUCUUGUUUCCUCCUUGCUUUAAGUCAUCUGUUAAAUAAAGUAAAAUCCUAACUUUA